AUGGCGUCAAAGGAGGGGACCGACCGCAGAGAUGAUGACGAGGUCUGCCCCGUCUGCAAGUCCUCGCGGUACCUUAACCCGAACAUGCGAUUUCUCAUCAACCCGGAAUGCUAUCACAAAAUGUGCGAGUCCUGCGUCGACCGUAUUUUCUCAUCUGGUCCAUCCAGCUGUCCUGUAGCGGGAUGCCGGAAGACAUUGCGAAAGAAUCGAUUCCGCAAGCAGACCUUUGAAGAUAUCGGAGUUGAAAGAGAGGUGGACAUUCGGCGUCGCGUGAUGCACAUUCUAAACCGACGAGAAGAGGAGUUUGACUCGAAGCGCAACUACGACGACUUCCUCGAGCAGCGUGAGGAAAUAAUCGCCAACUUGGUCCUCCGCAUUGACGUGGCAAAGACAGAAGCUCAGCUUCAGCAAUACGCGCAGGAAAACAUGCAGUCCAUCCGCAACAAUCAAGCCCUCGAGGAACAGGAAGCUACUUCAUUCCAGGCCCGCAUGACACUAGAACAAGAAGAGGCCCAACGCCGGCGCCAGAUCGCCCGCCAGGAAUACGAGAGCGAGCGACGCGAGCUCCACGCUGGACGCGAAGACUUCCUUUCCCGACUCGCAUCCGGGACAGCCGCCGACGCCAGCGCUAUUGCCAAGGAGGGACACAAAGUACUACUCAAGAAAUCGUCUGCUCGGCGCAGCGAGGAGGAUCGUAUUCGGCAGAAGCAGGCUGCGUUGCGUGGAUCGGAGACCAAGCGAACGGGUACACCGCUCACGACAGCCGAUACUGCUGGUACCAGCUCGGGUCUGAUCAAGGGUUUGCGAAAGAUCAAGACACCCGAGCCAGAGAAGCCCUACGAUCCAUUCAUGGGACUGGUGCCCGAGAAACGGGACUACUACACGCUCCAGCAGUCCUACCCAUCUGCAUAUCUGGACAAUUUGCAAAAGAACACACAGGUUUCAGCUGGUGGAUACAAUUUACAAGAGUACUAUUCACGGACUUUGCUGGAAGCUUUUGCAGGGUUGGGCUGCUUUGUUGAAGAGGAGGUGUCCCGACGUGAGGCUGAAAAGGUUUCGAAGCCUACAGCCACCGAAGGUGCAGCUAUGGCUGCAGUGAAGGAGAAUUGA